AUGUCCAGUCUCCGGCGCCUCGACGGCAGCGCUGCCUCUGGCGGCGGCAGCUCCGCGCUCAACAUCGCGCUGGGCACGGUCACUGGUGUCAUCGUGCUCGUGAUCCUGAUCCUGUACUGCCACCAGCAGCGCAAGUCGCGCCAGCGGCGAGAGGCGCGGCGCAUCCGCCGGCAACAGCAGAGCCAAGCCAAGACGGGCGACGGGUACAUGGAUGCGGACAACAACCGCACGAUCAACUUCAAUAUGAUGGGCCAGCAGCCCAAGGCGGAAGGCGACGACAUUUACAUCAUGCAGGGCGGCGACGACGGCCAUAACGGCGACGACUAUGACGGGUACCGUAACAACAAGCCCAAGGCCAAGAAGCCGGCGCCGAAGCAAGCGCCGUUCAAGAUGGACCAGGACCUUCUCGACGCCAAGGUCGACUACAGCAUGAUCCAGUACACGCGCAAGCUCAGCAAGGGCGCGUUCGGCGAGGUCUGGCUCGGCCAGUACCAAGGCCGGUACGUCGCGAUCAAGCAGAUUCUCGAGGAGCGCAAGACGGACGCCAAGGAGAUCGAGUGCUUCGUGGCCGAGAUCAAGCUCAUGGCCAACUUCAAGCACCCAAACAUUGUCGACUUUCUCGGGUUCUCGUGGAACCCAAAGGACGCCAACUUGUGCGCUUUGACCGAGUACAUGAAGAACGGCGACCUCUUUGUCUACCUCCAGAAGCGCAAGGCGACAUUGACAUGGAAGAAGGACAAGCUCGCGAUCGCGCUCGACAUUGCGCAGGCGCUCGUGUACCUGCACGCGCUCACGCCCAAGGUCAUCCACCGCGAUCUCAAGUCGAAGAACCGACUUUGGCAUCUCGCGGCUGCGUCAACUUGA